AGAUCACACACACACCGUCUGUGAAUAGCUGGAGGCGAUAUUAAUAAUCCAUAAAGAAUCUGUUUUCUCUCUAUCGGUCCCUGUGGAGGCAGCGCCGUGGCAACCAGCUGCUGCUUCACUUCCUGUUUUCACUUUUAUGUUACAGUUAAUUUACUGCAAACUUAAGUCUGUGUCUGAAAUGAGACAUCUGUAAAAUCUGGCUGCUCAAACCCAGUCUGACCCAGUCUCUACCAGUCUGACCCAGUCUGAACCAGUUUGAACUAGUCUGGCCCAGUCUGAACCAGUCUGAACCACUCUACACCCAGUCUGAACCAGUCUGAACUAGUCUGAACUAGUCUGACCCAGUCUGAACCAGUCUGAACUAGUCUGAACCAGUCUGUACCAUCUGAACCAGUCUGAACUAGUCUGACCCAGUCUGAACCAUCUGAACCAGUCUGAACCCGUCUGAACCAGUCUGAACUAGUCUGUACCAGUCUGUACCAUUCUACACCCAGUCUGAACCAGUCUGAACUAGUCUGAACCAGUCUGAACCAGUCUGACCCAGUCUGUACCACUCUACACCCAGUCUGAACCAGUCUGAAAAAGUCCGUACCAGUCUGAACCACUCUACACCCAGUCUGAACCAGUCUGAACCCAGUCUGUACCAGUCUGAACCAGUCUGAACCCGGUCUGUACUAGUCUGAACCAGUCUGUACCAUCUGUACUAGUCUGAACCAGUCUAAACCCAGUGUGACCCAGUCUGAACCCAGUCUGUACCAGAGUGUACCAGUCUGAACCCAAUUUGAACCAGUCUUUACCAGUCUGAACCCUGUAUGAACCCAGUCUGAAUCAGUCUAAACCAGUCUGUACCCAGCCUUUACGAAUCUGAAUCUGUCUAUACUACCAUAAUGUGGACCGACUGUCACAACCCGGUCAGAACUAGACCAGGUUCAGUUUCAGGAGUCCUGCACAGACUGGGGGAAACUCUCCUCCUGGUUAGUCAGGCGUGUCCCUCUGAUGGUUGAAGUUUCCAUGGAGACGGCUGAGGUUUCCAUGGAGAUGAAGAGUAGAGCAGAUCCUCAGAAAUACCAGUCUGGCUGUUAAAAAAUUCUUUUUGAUAUCGUCAACAUCCAAAACCACCCAGAACCAUCCAGAACUAUCAGAGCCAGAACCACCCAGAAUUAUCUUGAACUAUCCAGAUCCAACUAGAACUUCCAGAUCCAGAGUUCAGAGCAGUUUGUGGAUCAGAGGAUCUUCACUGACUGAUUCCUUUGCUCUGAACCAGUUUGGUUCUUGAGAACCAGACGCUCUCACUGAAUGCAGGUGGUGAACUUAAUUUGGGUUUUCUAGAUCUGGACCGGAUCAGAAAUGUGGACAGAAAGGAGGACAUGAUGCAACACGGGUUGACCCGGUCCAGCUGUCUGGUUUUCUGUUGGGAGGAAAAUGGAUGAGGUGUUCGGGGUUAAGGUCUAAGGAUCUGGUCCAGUCAAUUGGUUCUGCUGGUGUUUAUAAACUGACUUUAUAUGAAUGAAAUUCUGAUUAACUGGACCGAAGUGGACCGGGUCUUAGGACUUCGAUGGGUCGGUACUGUAGAAAAUAUGGAGUGGGUCAAAUGUUCUGGUUCAGGUUUGUUUGGACCCCUAAUCUGGUGGCUCUGGUUCUGGUUGUGUGUGUUGGAUCAGUCAGAACGGGUUCUGAGCUGUUAAACAGAACAGUUUGUCCUGAUGAGACUGGAAUGUAUGUGAGUGAGUGUGUGUGUGUGUGUGUGUGUGUGUGAGAGAGAGAGAGAGUGUGUGUGUGAGUAACAGGAAGUGGUCUCUGUGUGACACAAUGGCUGGUUCUUCUCGUCCUGCUGGGUCCGUUUCCUCUGACCUCUUCCUGUCAGCUUCCUGUCGUCCAGUAUCACCACACUGGGACUGGUUCUGGGCCAGAGACGUGCUGGUGAGUUGAACUGGUUAACGGAAACGUCUUCCUGAUGAAGAAAGUUCCUCCUCAUCAUCAUCCCAGCAGCACGUUGCUUCAAAAGGUGAAGAGGAGCUGCCAUGGUGGCCUCCUCCAUCCUCCCAUCUGUUCUUCUCAUCCUCAACCUCCUCCCCCACCCCUCCCGCCCAGCUGAUGCCUCGGUGCCGAGGGUGAUGCUGGACGGCUCCCCGCUGUCCCACCUCUUGCUGAACCCGGGGACGGGGCUUCUGUACGUGGGUGGAGUCGACCACCUGUACCAGCUGACGUCUGACCUUGAGGUGGUUUCUCACGUGAAGACCGGGCCUCACUUGGACUCUCCAGACUGUCUUCCUCCAAUCGUUGCCCAAGACUGCCACUCGGCUGCGUCAACUCAUAACCACAACAAGCUGCUACUGCUAGAGGAGGGGCAAGGGGCGGAGCCAGGCUGCCUCAUCGUCUGUGGUUCGCUCUUUCAGGGAAUCUGUGAGAAAAGGAGUCUGUCCAACAUCUCUCAGCUCGUCUAUCGGACCUCCAACCCCGUCGAUACUCAGUACGUUGCUGCCAACGACCCGCGAGUGUCCACCGUCGGCGUGGUGAUAACCACAAAGCGUAAACAGGAAGGAGGCGUGGCUGCUGGAACACUGCGCUUGAUGCUGGUUGGUCGAGGCUACACCAGCAAGGGUCCAGGUGACAUCCCACCAAUCACAACGCGGCGCCUGUUCCCAGUUAUUUCACCUCGCAGGGCGUUUUCUCAGGAAGAGGACCUCGGGAAGCUUGUUGUUGGAAGUUACUCUGAAUACAACAAUCAUUUUGUGAAAGCCAUUGCCCAUGGCAACCAUGUCUACUUCCUGUUCUCCCGGCGAGAUAUGUGGCACAAGAAGGAGUACCGGACGUACGCAUCACGACUGUGCGCCUCCGAUCGCAGCUUCUACUCGUACGUGGAGGUGCCACUGAUGUGCAAUGGUGGCUACAACCUGGCCCAGGGGGCGUGGUUAGGGAGCCACUCCAGAGAACCCGCCCUGUUCGUCGUCAUGGCAGCUGGGCAGGCAUCUACACCUGUAGCAACGAGUCGCUCCGCUCUUUGUGUUUACGGGAUGACUGAGCUGGAUGCCAUGAUAAGGAGAGCACAGGAAGUGUGUUACAGCCAGGGUGGACGAGGCAGCGGUGGACAGGAAGAAGCCUACAUCGAAUACGCCGUGUCGUCAAAAUGCCUGAAACUGCCGAAGGACUCUCUCUCAGAGUAUCCAUGUGGGGGGGAGCACACCCCCAACCCCAUUGCCAGCUCUUUGCCCCUGCAGGCUACACCCACCAUCACCCUGCCCACCCAGCUAACGGCUGUCACAGCUGCAACAGAGGCUGGACACACCAUGGCCUUCCUGGGAGAUCGAGAAGGACGACUACACAAGGUGUUGGUGCGUCCUGACAGGUCAGGUGACCUGUACGGCCACAUUUUGGUGGAUGAUGGCAGCAGCAUCAACGCUGACCUCCUAUUGGAUGAGAGCCAGCAGCAUAUUUACGUUUUAACCAACAGCAGGUUGUCAAAGGUUCCAGUUUCAUCCUGCGAGACACAGACAGACUGUCCGUCCUGUCUCGCUGUCAGAGACCCCUAUUGUGGCUGGUGUGUCCUGGAAGGACGGUGUUCCCGUAAACAUCAGUGUCAGCGCCACCUGCAGAUCAAUCAUUGGCUCUGGAGCUUUGAACCGACAAACCAGUGUGUCACAGUCCAGAGCCUGCAGCCAGCCAAUCAGAGCAAAGAAGAGCAGACACAGGUAAUAUUGUCAGUCAUCCAGCUUCCUGUCCUCCAAGAGCCAGAGUCUCUUUCCUGCGUCUUUGGGCAUCUCGCUCCUCAGCACGCCAUUGUCAUGGGAACAAGUGUCACCUGUCAAUCACCUGCACCAGCACUCCUCCCAGCCACGCCCACAGGAACUGAUCACAUGGUCCUGCCUGUGUCUUUGAUGUUCGGUCAUGUGACCAUCACUACGGGAAAGAUGACGUUUUAUGACUGUGAUGCUGUGACACGACUGAACCAGAGUUCCCAGUGUUUAUCCUGUGUCAGCUCUGUCUGGAGGUGUAACUGGUGUCCUCUGGAUCAACUCUGCUCUCACAACCACAGCUGUCCAAACCAGCACAUCGUCCUGAACCAGAAAGACGCUUCUGGUCCUACUUCCUGUCCUAUCAUUUUCUCCUUGAAGAGCCCUGCCUUAGUGCCCAUGGGCCUGAGCACGUCAGUGGUGCUGGAGGGUCGGAACCUGGACGUUUACACGGGUGAAGCUCAGUAUGUGUGUGUCGUUGAAAUCGAAGGAAUGCAUUUCAACCUGACAGCCGCCAUGGAGAAAACAGCUGACAACACACUUAUCUUCACAUGCAGCAACCACCAGUUUCAGUUUGCCAUCAAUCAGCUGCAGUAUUCAGCACCUGUAUACCUGUGGAGAGGACAGAGACGCAUCGACGCCUCUCCUGGACUCAGACUUCAGCUGUAUGACUGCUCAGCUGGCCAAUCAGACUGCUCCCAGUGCAGGGCGGUGCCUGAGGAGUAUGGCUGCGUGUGGUGUCCAGAAAACCCCGCCCCCAGCUGUGUUUACAGACUGUCAUGCUCCAGUGUACCUGCAGAUACCUGUCCGCCUCCUCAGAUCACAAAGGUUUUGCCUGUUUCCGGGCCUCUGGAGGGCGGCAUCCUAGUGACAAUUAUCGGAUCCAACCUCGGCAUGAGAUUCCAGGAUGUGGUGGGCAGAGUUACAGUGGCAGGUGUUGAGUGUGUUCCUCAGCUUGAAGGAUACCAGAUCUCCACCAGGGUUGUGUGUGAGCUACAGCCCAGUGGGAAGCAGAGGGAGGGACCUGUCUUUGUUACCGUGGGAACAACUCCACCUGGCAGGUCAACACAGAUCUUCACCUACCAGGACCCUCAGCUGUUGGACCUGGUUCCUGUUAAAGGUCCAGUCUCUGGAGGGACCAGACUGACCAUCAGAGGACGACAGCUUGUGACGGGACAGACAUCGGACCUGAGUGCCUUCCUGGGUCCACAGUCCUGCUACAUUGUGGGGGAAGUCACUGACACCAGGCUGGUAUGUCAGACUGGUACCAGUAAUCAGACUGGUGGAGUACCAGUUCGGGUUUUAUUUGGUAAAGCUGAGCGGACGGUUCCGAACGUUAACUUCCGUUACCUUGACGACCCCGUCAUUACUGAUGCCACUCCUGCCGAAAGCUUCUACGCUGGUGGACGUGUUAUCGUUGUGACGGGCAGUAACCUGGACGUGGUGCAGCAGCCAGUCAUAUCUGUGUGGGUGGAGCCUCUGGAGAUUCAGAGGGUGAAACGAAAAAGACGACUGACUCUCCUCACUGCGAAGCAGCAGCUGGUCUUCAACAGCACCAUGACAACGGUGUCAGAGCGCUGCUCGGUGGUGUCAGCCAAUCAGAUCAGCUGUCUGACCCCCGCAGUGACGCCAGAGCUCAAAGUUAAAGGUGUCUGGUUUCAGCUUGACAAUGUCAGAGUCCACUAUGAGAGCAUCAAGGGUAAAAGGUUCAUGUAUUAUCCAAACCCGCAGUUCUUUCUGCUGAACCGAGACGCUCCAGAUGCUCCGUACCGAUUUAAACCCGGAGGAGUGAUCGCUGUGGAGGGUCAGGACCUGACCAGAGCCAUGACCAGGAAGGAAGUCCAGGCACGGCUUGGAAAGCAGCCCUGUGAGGUCCAAACGCUGGACAGUACUCACCUAUACUGUCAACCUCCGGAGGUCCAACCAAUCAGUGAGGAUGAUGGCAGCAAGCUGCCCAGCCUAAAGGUGUUCAUGGGAAACCUGCAGGUGAACCUGGGUCUGGUUCAGUACGACAGUGACCUGUUGCUACCUCCUGUCCCACUGGCUGCUCAGAUCAGUUUAGGGACGGGAGCUGCCGUCAUCAUCCUAUCAGUGCUAGUCGUCAUCCUGAUUUACAGGAGGAAGAGUAAACAAGCUCUCAGAGAUUACAAGAAGGUUUUACUCCAGCUGGAGACUCUGGAGAUCAACGUGGGAGAUCAGUGCCGAAAAGAAUUUACCGACCUGAUGACAGAGAUGAUGGACCUCAGCAGCGACGUUGGAGGACCUGGACUUCCGUUACUGGACUACAAGACGUACACAGAGAGAGUCUUCUUUCCUGGCCAGCAGAUGGCGCCACUGAGCCGCCAGCUGGACCUGCCGGAGUCCAGGAGGCCGACGGUGGAGCAGGGCCUCCAGCAGCUCAACACCCUCCUCAACAACAGACUCUUCCUCACCAGGUUCAUCCACACCCUGGAGGCCCAGCAGGGCUUCUCUCAGAGGGACCGGGGCUACGUGGCCAGCCUCCUCACCUUGGCUCUGCAUGACAAGCUGGAGUACUUCACUGAGGUCAUGAAGACUCUGCUGCAGGACCUUGUGCAGCAGUAUGUCGCCAAGAACCCCAAACUCAUGCUGCGCAGGACAGAGACAGUUGUUGAGAAGAUGCUGACCAACUGGAUGUCUAUCUGUCUUUACUCCUUCCUCAAGGACGUAGCGGGGGAACCCCUUUACAUGCUCUACAGAGCCAUUAAGUAUCAGGUGGACAAAGGACCGGUGGACGCUGUGACCGGAAAAGCUAAACGGACGUUGAACGAUAGUCAUCUGCUGAGAGAUGACAUCGACUACAGUGCAAUGACUUUGACUGUCUUGGUGAAGAACGGAGUUGAGAUUCAGCCAUGUCCUGUUAAAGUUCUCGACACUGACACCAUCACACAGGUGAAGGAUAAGAUCCUGGAUCAGGUCUACAGAAGUGCUCCAUUCUCUCAGAGACCAGCAGCUGACAGUUUGGACUUGGAAUGGCGUUCAGGUCAGGCCGGUCAUCUGACUCUUUCAGAUGAUGAUGUCACAGCGGUCAUUCAGGGCCGCUGGAAACGGCUCAACACCCUGCAGCACUACAAGGUUCCCGAUGGAGCUACAGUAGCUCUGAUUCCGCGAUCUCAAAGUUCAGGAAUCCACCAGGUGUUUCAGAUGGGAGAGAAAACACCAAUGCUGGAGGGUGAUGAGGAGGAAGGUUUGCGCCUUUGGCACCUGGUGAAGAGCAGUGAAGAUCCAGAAAUCCCAAAACAUCGAAAGAGCAGCAUGAGAGAGCGGGAGAGAGCCAAGGCCAUACCUGAGAUUUACCUGACCAGAUUGCUGUCCAUGAAGGGGACGCUGCAAAAGUUUGUGGACGAUGUUUUCGUGUCCAUCCUCAGUACAAAGCGUCCUCCGCCGAUCGCCGUCAGGUUCUUCUUCGACUUUCUGGACGACAUGGCAGAGAAACAUGGAAUUGAUGAUCCUGAGACCGUCCACAUCUGGAAAACCAACAGUCUCCCUCUCAGGUUCUGGGUCAACAUCCUGAAGAAUCCUCAGUUCGUUCUGGAUGUCCAGGUAACAGACAGCAUCGAUGCCGUCCUGUCCGUCAUCGCUCAGACCUUCAUCGACUCUUGCACCACCUCUGAGCACAAAGUGGGCCGGGACUCUCCUGUCAACAAACUGCUGUAUGCCAGAGAGAUCCCACGAUACAAACAGCUAGUAGAGAGGUACUACAGCGACAUCCACAGCGCUGCAUCAGGAUGUUAUCAGGAGAUGAACUCCACCCUGACCGAACUGUCUGGAAGUUUUGCCUCAGGGAUCAACAAUCUUGUUGCUCUUCAUGAACUGUACAAGUACAUCAACAAGUAUUAUGACCAGAUCAUCAUGUCCCUGGAGGAGGACAUGUAUUGUCAGAAGAUGCAGCUGGCCUAUCGGCUGCAGCAGGUCGCCGCCCUGGUGGAGAACAAAGUCACCGACCUCUGACGUGUUACCUGCUGAAGAUGAGGAUGAAGAUGAGGGAGCAGGGACUGGAUCAGAGAAUCUGAUUGGACGACUGGAACACUGUGUCUUCCUGCUGAAUGUGUGUUUGUUAGUUUGGGACAUACAAGGUUUUAUUGUCCGACUCAGGAGAUCCAGAUUCUGUCACAUGGCAGCAGCAGUUAAACUCACUUUAAACCAACUAACCAGACAUUAACUAGUGUUAACUAAUGUUUACUAAUGCUAACUAAUGUUAACUAAGUCUAACAAUGUUAACUAAUGUUAACAUUAACUUGCGUUAAUAACAUAAAAUGACUCUUAAAAGGUUUAACAAGGUUAACUUAAGUUAACUAAUGCUAACUGAACCCAAACCAAUAAUGACAAUCUAACCAAUCAGAUCAGGGACCAUCAUCUCACCUGCUGCCUUGCACUACAUUUCCCAGAGUUCUCUGCUGUCUGUGAGUCAAAAAGCACAAGUUCAAUUCUUUUUACUCUGAUCACAGAUAUUGAUUAUUGAUCAGCUGGUGUUUGGGAGUUUAGCCUUUUUCUACUGAAGCAAGACUUCCAUCAGAUUUCAGAGUGAUUCCAGUUUUCCACAGAGUCCGUUUACAUGCCCGUCAUAAUCUGAUAACAGACAGUAAUCAGAUUACUGUCAGAUUAAUCAGAACUGACACGUCUACAUCCACUACCGAUAAGACUUUUUUUGUCCCACGCUGGGGAAAUUCAAACGUCUCCGCAUCUCCAGAGGAUGGUUUGUAUCGACGAGAAGCUGAAUGCUAGAAAAACAAACAAUUCUGAACAAAUUCUAGGGACUUUGUUCUAUAAAUGAAACGACGUGAGAAGUCAGCGGUGCAGAGGGAUGAAAGAGGAUCUACAAGUCUGCUGACUUCAUGCAGGGUGAGAGCUGUUGGUCAGGAUGGAUGUCAGCUUGUACGUGUCAUGGCUGCCACGCCUUCGCUGCGCGUGUCUGGCGUGUAGGCCGCUCGCGCUGAUGCGUGGUAACGUGUUGCGUGAACACAACAGGUCCGAGGCAAACACACGAACAGUUGGCAACAGACUGGAAGCGUUUUGGGUUGGUUGGUUGAUGCCCUGAAAAUGCAACGUGACCGGUACAUUGACCUUUCACUAAGUGUGGUGUACUGCCCCUAGUGGUGACCUCCAGUAUUGAGCAUUGUGGCCAUGCUUCCAUCACAGCGGCAUAGUGGAACGCUGACGUGUACGCUAGCCUUCACAGCAAGUGUAUCUUAGCCCUUAGCGUUAGCAGCUAAUGUGGGAGCUAAGAAGCUGCCUAAAGGUGAACGUUUUACUUUGUUUAUACUCCAGCAUCAUCCUGCUUUUCUUUUGUGUUCUGCUCACGUGAUGUCGUCGCCUUUUUUUUUUCACGGAAGAUGUCAAAAAGUCGGAAACAACUGAGUUUUUUACAUGCUGAGAUAAAAUGAAAUAAAUCAGACGUUCGGGUCGAUAUGCAGCAAGAGUGUCAGGGAGAAAUCUAUCCCAUUACUCUGGCUACACAUGUAAUAAUAACUCCAGAAAUCAGAUUAUUAUCAGAUGUUUUGUGAAUAUGUAAACAGACACAUUGAUUACACACACACACACAGACCAGGUGUGUGAACCAGGUGUGUGCGUGUGUUCCUGAUGUUGUUUUAUCUUGGACAUAAAACCAGAAACUGGAGUCAUCCUGAAGAUCAAACCUGCUGAUCAAAGAGCCGAUCAAUAAAAACAAUCAAACAUUUUUGGAGGAGCUAAACUGUGUGUGUGAGUGUGUGUAUGUGUGUGAGACAUAAACACUAACUUAUUGUGUGUACAUACUGUCCUGUUGAUAUUUAUUUAUCCCAGCUGUGCCUUCAGUUUUGCAGCUAGGUGGCACUGUUUGUUCAACAAGCAGCCUCGUGGCUCGUGUCCCAAGGCAUGAUGGGAAGUUAAAAUCAUUAAACUUUUACUAAACAAGGGAAAAACCAGCAGCAACAAACAGCAGGUGGGCUCGUCGAAGGACGGGACGAUGGAGUCAGUUAAAUGUGUUAACCAAAGUUUCAGAGCUUAACUCUCUAAGUCGUCAUGGUAACAGAUGCUGAAGACAUCACCGUGGUAACGAACACAUCAGCUGGUCUGUAGCAGAUUAUACUAUAUGUCCGUCCCCCUUAUUCUGUUCCACAUUAAAACGUUGUCAUGGUAACGAUUUGGCUCACUGCUGAUGGCUGACAUCAGAUCUACCAGAACCACCAGAUCAAGUUAUUUUGAUUGACCCAUUUAGAAUCCAACAUAAUUUCCAUUUGAAGUGUUCCUUUAACCUGCUCAGGGCCUGGAGUGGAGGCAAACAUGGCUGUUCCUGCAGUAGUGCCCUGGGGAAUAGCACAUUCAAGUGUAAUUGAACUACAUUUGAGCCAUUAAAAACAACACAUUGCUCCCUGUCUGACAUCACUUUUUAUUAGGUCAGCGGCAGAAUUUCUAUAAACCAUUGGCCCUAAAUUUCUUAAUUAGUAGGUCAUGGUCUAUAAUCAUGACCUAUCAAAACAGAGCUAAAAUGAAAAAAAUCACCCACCACUUGCUUUUUACUGAUGUGUCGUAACCAAUAAUAGCUUAAAGCAGUUACUUUACCAGGUCCAAUACCAGAUCCGAUACCAGGUCCGAUACCAGAUCCGAUACCUGGUCCGAUACCAGGCCCAAUACCAGAUCCGAUACCAGGUCCGAUACCAGAUCCGAUACCUGGUCCGAUACCAGAUUCGAUACCAGGCCUGAUACAAGGGCCGAUACCAGAUCUGAUACCAGGUCCGAUAAAGGACCCGAAACCAGAUUCGAUACCAGGUCCGAUACCAGACCUGAUACCUGGUCCAAUACCAGGCCCAAUACCACAUCCGAUAAGAGGUCCAAAACCAGGCCUGA